GAAGAGAAGGGUAUGGGAAAGGGUAAAAUAAUGAGACAACUUUCACUGUAUCAUCUUUCUCUCUCAAACUGUGGCUUGGCUGAGGCUGUGGCUGUGGCUGUGCCUCUUAGGCUCACCCACAUUAAUCAAUCUGGUCUUCUUUCCUUUUGGUUUAUGCCACUUUCGUUGCCUUUCCCACUUCCAUUAUUAUUCAUCUAGCACAAACCUUUGAGAGAUACACAGAGAAAGAGAGAGCGAGAGGCGGCCAAACGAGGAUUGUAACCCUUGUUUCUGGUCCCUCUCAUUCUUCUUCUUUUUCUUCCUCUCUCUGUCUUUUACUUAUCUGGGUUUGCUUUUUUGUGCUCCCUCCUUCAUCCUGCUGCCUCAUUUCGAUGCCCCAUUUUGGAUCUUCUUGAAUCUGCUAAAUAAACUUAUAAGUUUUUGGGUUCACAUUCAUGCCAUGGCAUAUUGGAUUGGAGAGGGGCAUCAACCGAAGUGUGAUUUUUUUCUUUGUAAAAAAAAAUGAAACUGAAGCUUGGAUCCAAGAAAUGGAAAUCAAUUGCCCCUCGGUUGAAAGGAAAAUCACCAUCUCCCUCUUUUUGUCUAUUUUCCAAAUCUAAGUCGGUUAACUAUGGUCCAGGCACAACGCCAGUUUAUCUAAACGUGUAUGAUUUAACCCCUGUGAAUGGUUAUGUCUAUUGGGCAGGCCUUGGUAUCUUUCACUCUGGUGUAGAAGUCCAUGGUGUAGAAUAUGCAUUUGGAGCUCAUGACUAUCCAACCAGUGGCGUUUUUGAAGUCGAGCCUCGACAAUGCCCGGGCUUCAAGUUUAGGAGGUCAAUAUUAAUUGGCACAACCUGCCUCGACCCUCAUGAAGUAAGAGAGUUCAUGGAGCAGUGCUCUUCAAGCUACUAUGGAGAUACAUAUCACCUAAUUGUCAAGAACUGCAAUCAUUUCUGCAGGGACGUCUGUCAUCAGUUGACUGGAAAAUCAAUUCCAAAAUGGGUAAAUCGACUGGCUAAAAUAGGUUCCGUCUGUAAUUGCAUACUUCCUGAGUCCCUUAGAAUAUCUGCUGUAAGACACGAUCCCACGCCAUUCGAGACUGAGAAGACGAAGCUGAGGAAUGCAUUCAGUUGCUUGUCUUCCAUAUCGUCGCGGCAGAAGCAGCUGUCUUCCAGUUCAUUAUAUCUACAGUCACCAUCGAAAGGGUGGGAGCUGAAAAAACCCAACACUGAACCUUCCUCAUGCCUCAAAUCAAAUGAUAGGUGAGAAAAUUUGUUUGUUCUAGAUAUCUUUUAUUUGGAAAGAGAAGGGAGUUUAUCCUUUUUCUAUUUCACAUAAUUUGUUUGGGAGUUGCUUGCUAUGAGUAGAUGCAAGCAAUUUCUCUGUUAGAUGACAAACCCACUAGCCUUCCCAGUGUAAAUGUAAUGUCUAUUUCUGGAUCGUAUUAAUCAAUGGUCCGUUACCAUGCUGGUC